AAAUUAAGCGGUUUAACAGGCAAAAGAAUACAUUAUUGCACCUUGACCAAUUUAUCAAAAUACGGAAGAAAGUGUCCAGAUUGUCAGUAUAUAAAGAGAUGGAAAUUAUUCGAAUCACUAUUAUCAAGAGUGAUAAAGUUCUCAAAUCAUCAUGAAGGUCUUUAUUUUAUUGUCAGUACUUGCUGUUUCCCAAGCGGCUGUACUCCUCGGAACUGGAGCUAGCUCACAAUACAGAAGUCAAGAUGGCCUUGGAAACUAUGCUUUUGGAUAUAACGAAGGACACCCAUCCGGGGCUACUUUCCGCAAAGAAUCCGGAAGCAACGGUGUCGUUGCUGGCUCAUACGGUUUAACUGAUGCCGAUGGUCGACAACGUAUUGUCAACUACGUUGCUGAUGCCGCCGGAUUCCGUGCCGACAUCAAGACCAAUGAACCAGGAGUUGAACCAAAAGAUCCCGCUCACGCUGCCAUCAACAAGGCUGGAUUGGUUGUUGCCCCAGCUGCACCCAUUGCAUACGCUUCACCAGUUCCUGCAGCUCUUCCAGCUCAUGUACCUGCAGCACCAGCACUGACCUAUGCCGCCGCUCCAGCUGUUAUCCCAGCAGCAUUGCCAGCUGCACCAGCACUAGCCUACGCCGCUGCUCCCUCUGCUGUGUCUGUAAGAGCAGGUGGACCUCUUGGUUACAGUUACAACACUUUUAUUGGACAUCAUGGUCUUGCCCACGCACCUUUAGCGCACCAAUUCUACUACUAGAUAUUUUGCACUUGACAAGUGAAGGAAUUGAGACACGUUUACCUGUUUGUCACCGAGCUUCUGAUACUUGAUCAAAAUUUAAAAAUAAAAUAGUUUGAUCCAAUGA